UGGGCCCAUAAAGCGCCGGGUUCAUAGAACGACGGCUGUUCAGCAUCUCCUCCUCCUCCGUUUGCUCUCGUCUCCGUCUUUCUCAUUUAUUCGCUUCACUCUGACUGCCAUUUUUAUCUCUGUGUCUGUUGGACUGAGACUGUGUGAGAGCACAAGCAAGAAGAAGAGCACAGACAGACAGUUUGGGUGGCCUCACCCCCCGCCAUUAAUUGACCUCACCUAAAUCUAUUCUAAGCUAUUUUGGAGCCGAGCCCCCCAAAUUUAGCCUUCUCCGAGCUGUGCAGUGACUGUAGAUUGUGGAAAAAACCGAGCACCCUCAGCAUCUAUGGCCACCGCUCUCCGCUACCGGCCGAUAUAGAUACGGUCAUCCCGCCGACACACAGGCGGUGGGAGAGAAGGGGCAACUCCCGCCUUAAAAUGGUGUCCCCUCCCGAGCUCUCACAUCACUUCUCAAUGGCCAAGAACUCCCUCAGGGGCAGAGCCUUCCCCUGCUUCACCGACGGCUGCCUCUUCCUCGGGGGCGCCCUCAUGGCCCUUUUACUCGUGUGGUCAUUUUCCGCUUUCGUCUUCCCCAACCCUAGAGCUAACAGCCCGGAGGAGGCCCUGGCUGGGACGAGGAUCGUGGAGGAUCAUUGCCGAGCGGCGCGCGUGGCGGAAUCUCCGCAAGACCCGCCGGAUAAGACUUUCUACGACGACCCGGGAGUGAGCUAUACGAUCGAGAAGCCGGUGAAGGGCUGGGACGAGAAGAGGAAGGAGUGGCUGCGGCGGCACCCGUCGUUCGCCGGGGGGCGGGAGAGGAUCGUGCUGGUGACGGGAUCGCAGGCGGCGCCGUGCCGGAACAAGAUCGGGGACCACCUGCUGCUGCGGUUCUUCAAGAACAAGGUGGACUACUGCCGGCUCCACGGCUGCGACGUGUUCUACAACAACGUGCUGCUGCAGCCGAAGAUGCACACCUACUGGGCUAAGUACCCGGCGGUAAGGGCGGCGAUGCUGGCCCACCCGGAGGCGGAGUGGAUCUGGUGGGUCGACUCCGACGCCCUCUUCACCGACAUGGACUUCACCCUCCCGCUCGACCGUUACCGGGACCAUAACCUGGUCGUCCACGGCUGGGCCCACCUGGUUCACGAUAAGAAGAGCUGGACCAGCAUCAACGCCGGCAUCUUCCUCAUCCGGAACUGCCAAUGGUCCAUGGACUUCAUGGACGUGUGGGCCAGCACUGGCCCACAGAGCCCCGACUACGAGCGAUGGGGCAAGGUCCUCUCCUCCACCUUCAAGGACAAGAUCUUCCCGGAGUCCGACGAUCAGUCCGCCCUCAUCUACCUCAUCCUCAAGCACCCCGACCUCUAUGGCAAUAAAAUCUAUAUCGAGAACGAGUACUACUUCCAAGGCUACUGGGUCGACAUCGUCCCGUCGCUCGAUAACAUCACGCGCAGGUAUACAGAGAUAGAGAGCGGCGAAGGCGAGGACGCUUCCGUUUUAAGGAGGCGGCACGCGGAGAAGGUGAGCGAGUUCUACAGGGCGCAGUGGGAGCCACACCUCCAGGAGGCCGGGUACGGGCUAGGGAGCUGGAGGAGGCCAUUCAUCACGCACUUCACAGGUUGCCAGCCCUGCAGCGGGGAUCACAACCAAAUGUAUUCGGGCGAGACGUGCUGGAGCGGGAUGGUCAGGGCCCUGAAUUUCGCGGACAAUCAGGUGCUCAGGAACUACGGCUUCAUCCACCCGGACCUACUGGAUUCUGCGACCGUGGAGCCGAUCCCGUUCGAUUACCCGGCGGCCCGAUCGGGCUAACGGGUUAUUCCGGUUAAAUUAAUUAGUUUUUAUUCUUAGAGAGAGGGAAAAGGAUCAUUAUAAAAAUUGAAAGGGUAAAGUUUGUUGGUUUGAUCUUUCAGUUUCUUGGGGUAUGAUCCAUGUGUACGUCUGUCAGCAUAAAUGGGCAUUAAUCAAUUAGUUAAUUGAAUGAAGAAAAAAAAAAGGAUUAAAUA